AUGGGCAAUCAUGCAACGCAAGAGAAACAAACUCUCUUCAACAGCUGGAAAUAUCCUAACCGAUAUAUCACCCUCGCCUUAUACUUUCUCAUGAGCGUCAUCGGAAGUACUUUUUAUUUGGGCGGCUGCGAGAUGAAGUCAAUGUUGUAUAAGGCGAGGACUUACGAGGAGCUGACGUAUAACGUCGACUACAUCAGGAUCUUCACAGUUGGAGUCACAGAGUACUUGGACUGUGACGAGAGGAGGGAUGCGAUACAGAACCUGUUCAAUAUUGGAAAUUGGUCCAAAUUUCUAUGCGCCCUAAUAGUUGGCGUAGCCGUUGACCUCAUAGGCCCAAAGUUUACCUACACCUUUGCACAGCUGGUCCAGUUCAUCUUCUGGAUCCUAGUCGUAGCACUUCCCAGAAACGGAAAACUACUCCAAACCUGCUUCUUCUUCCUCGGAGCCACAGCCGAAGCCACCGUUCUCCCCCUCACAACCAUUUGGAGAAAAUUUAAGAGGGACAGGUCGUUGAUAAUAGCGUUGACGACGUGUGGAGUGGGUUUAUCGAACGUGUUUCCGCUAAUCUUGGGUAAGAUAUUCGCGAACUACGCGAUUCGGGAGGACCGGUUUUACGUUGUCAUGGUCGUGUACACCGUGUUAACCAACCUCGUCUGCCUAGUCCUGGGUGCUUUAUUUGUCCGAAAUACGCUCCCAGGUGAUAAAAGAAGUAAGGCCGGAAGACCCGUGGUAAGAUUCGGCGACGUCCAAAUAAUUAAAAUAAGUUACCUGUCAGACGAGUUUGAAGAUGAUCAAGAGGAAGAUGAAUUUGUAGAAGAAGAAGGGGAAGACGAAUCUAUGAGUAUUGAUACGAAAAAUUACUACUUGAGAAAGAACCAGUCGAGUCUCUCGUUAGAGAGUGCAAAGGUGGAUAAGAUGAAGCUGAGGUGGGUGAGGAUUAAGGAUUUUCUCAAAUCGAGAAAGCUCCUGGAGCUGAUCAUCUUCGUGGUUUCCAUGGGUUUAGUUUUGGACUCUAUGGAGUUUUUCAACAGAAUUAAGAAGGUAAUCCUGAGCCCAAAGGGAGAAAACGUCAGCUCGUUCGUGAGAUAUUUCCAGUACCUGAGGUUUAUCCCGGCGCCGUUCGUCGGAAUUAUCAUUGACCGAUUCGGGCCCGAAGCACUCAACUUCUUCACAUACUUUUGCAUGUUUAUGUGUCUUUCCCUCGCUGCAAUUGAUUCGUACGGGGCAAAAGUCGCCUCAAUUGUCUUUUAUUACCUGGCCUAUUCCAGUGGAAUUCCAGGCAUAUACUCGAAGAUUGUGUACAGAUUCUCAAACAUGUACGGGACCUUCUGCGGGCUAGUGUUCUGCUUCACUGGGAUCCUGGCACUGUGCAAGAUCCGAGUUUACAAAAUCCUACUCGGUGAACCUGAUAGGUUCACACAGUACGUUAAGAACACAUCACUCCAACUCUACAUCAUGGGAAUCUGCAUAGCCCUGAUCAUAUCAAUACUCAGCCAUAACAUCACAAAGGAGAACUAAUUAACACUUCCUAAUGUCUUUUUCCAGUA